AUGGGAAGGUUCGUUGGUCAAUCUCUGAGGAUCUGGCUCGGGGAGUCCCCGCGCCCAGAGCUGUGCAAGCAGCUUGCGGACACAUGGCGCAAGUGCCACCCUGCCUGGGAAUAUCGCCUGUGGACAGAUUCAGAUGUUCCUGGCCUACUGCAGCACCAUGAGCGUUUGCAGAAGGCCUUUGAAGCUGCAAGGAACCCUGCGGAGAAAAGCGACAUUCUUCGCCUUGUGAUUGUCUUGGAGAAAGGAGGCUUGUACGUGGAUGUGGACUUUGAAUGCUUGCGCCCCCUGGACGAGUUGCAUCGUGCCACAUCCUUCUACAGUGGCAUGUCAAAUGUCGGAGCCUUCGAGUUGAACAACGGCCUCUUCGCAGCGGCUCCCGGGCAUCCCCUGGUGGCUUUCUUCUGUGAGCAUGUGGGCAAGCCCUGGCCAGAAUGGGGGCAGGAUGAGGUGGAUCCCGCUGAAGCAGUUGCCUACCAGCUUCAGAGGUCCGGAAUGUUGGGCAGCGAGCUGGCCUCCAAGGGCAAGGCGUGCACAAGGGUUGGAGGAAAAGGCAGAAGGUAA